CUAAAACGCAAACACACACUCUUCUGGCACAUAUUCUCUCUUCGGAACAAAACCCUAACACCUUCCGCCCUUCCCCAUCGCCUUCUUUCUUCAUCGUUUCAUCAAUGGCGUCAGGGGAGAAAACGGUGCUUCAGUUUGGAGGUUCAACGUCUUUGAAUGUAAAGGUUCACCCUUUGGUGAUAUUCAACAUCUGCGAUUGCUAUGUCCGACGACCCGACCAAGCUGAACGGGUCAUCGGAACUCUUCUCGGAUCUGUUUUAUCUGACGGAACUGUAGAUGUUCGCAACUCCUACGCUGUUCCCCAUAAUGAAUUUUCUGAUCAGGUUGCAUUGGACAUUGAGUACCACCACAAUAUGUUGACAUCACACCAGAAAGUGAACCCAAAGGAAAUAAUUGUUGGAUGGUAUUCAACCGGAUUUGGUGUUACGGGAGGUUCUGCUUUGAUCCAUGAAUUCUACUCUAGAGAGGUUGCAAAUCCAGUCCAUGUAACAGUGGACACUACAUUCAGAAAUGGAGAGGCAACAAUAAAGGCCUUUGUCUCUGUUAAUUUAUCUCUUGGAGACCAGUCACUUGCUGCUCAAUUUCAGGAAAUUCCUGCAGAACUUCGAAUGUCAGAAGCAGAGAGGGUUGGAUAUGAACUUUUGAAAUCAACCGCGGCAGACAAAAUUCCAAGUGAUUUGGAAGGCAUGGAAAGCACCCUGGAGAGGUUGCUUGCCCUAAUCGAUGACACCUACAAAUAUGUGGAUGAUGUUGUGGAGAACCGCGUAGCUCAUGACAACAAAAUUGGGCGGUACCUUGCAGAGGCAGUAUCUUCCCUUCCAAAGUUAUCUCCUUCUGCUUUUGAUAAGCUUGUGAAUGACAGCCUACAGGACCAACUAUUAUUAGUAUAUUUAUCUAGCAUAACUAGGACACAGCUGAGUUUAGCAGAGAAGUUGAACACCGCCGCUCAGAUUUUGUAAGUCAAGUUCAAGCAGUUUGACAUCUAGCGCCCUGGCAGUUAGAGAAAGAAGAGUGUAUUGAGUGAUUAUCUUCCCAUCCUUGUGGAGAUUUUUCCUUCGAUAAAUUUGUUGUUAGUUGAUUAUCUGUUCUUGGAAAAUUUUGACCUGACCACUAGAUAAUGUAUUCGCAAGCAUAUACGAUGCUUUUUAUUUUUUCA